AAAUCAAAAUCGAGUUGAAAUCACGGACAUUACCACGACGGUCGAGUUUUCUCGCUAAAAUUUGCGAAAUAAACGCGUGAAAGCAAAGCAGAUAUUUUCUUGCACUUCUCGGAUAAAUCGUCGGUAGUACAUGAUUGAAAAAGUAGUGAUCGAGCGCAAUAAAUAACACUUCUGCGGAGCAAACGCAAACAAGUAGCUAAGGACGAAAAAAUUGAUAGUUGGAUUGUUUUCGCCAUUGCAAUUUUCGAGUAGUGAAGAAAAACGCACAUUGGUGACCUCGGUCUCGGUGGCUCGAAAUAGAUAGGUCCUUCGGACCAAUCCGAGUGCCGAGUGCGUGACUUCAAGUCAGUUUCUAGUGCAUUAGCAGAUCAGGAGGAAAAUUAGCGACGGGAAAGUAACCAAUUUGGUGCGUUUUUCGCUGGUGGCAAAAGGCGAACAGCAGGAAGAAAAAGAAGCAAGUGUAAAAUUUUCUGCAGCAGCUGUACUUCACGAACACAAACACGGACACAGUAGGCGCUGUUACACAAUACAUCGAAAUACCGAUCUCAGUCCGUGGGUCGCCUGUUUUGAGAAUUUUCAAUAAUAGACGAUUGGGAGACGAACGCGAAGUUGGGUUCUCCAAGCAAGGAGAAAGGUUCUCCGGAGUGUCAUUUAGUUUGUAUCUGCUGAAGAAGGUCGCCGCAAUCGAAAGAUGCAUAUAAACAAUCCGGAUGCGUUAAAAACGUGGCUGACGGAGGUUCUGGAACCUCUGUGCGAUGCGGAUCCCGCGGCAUUGGCUCGUUACGUGCUGGCACUGUUGAAAAAAGAUAAACCCGAGAAGGAUCUGCGGGACUGCAUGAAAGAACAGCUGGAUGUAUUUCUGGCCCACGAAACAGAUCCUUUUCUGGAGCGGUUAUUCCGAUCGAUCAAAGGCGAAGACUACAUCAAAAUAGUGCAGGCAAAAGAAGCAGCCGCCGAGGCUGCGGCUGCCGCUGCUGCAACUGCUGCAGCUGCAGCUGCUACCGCCCAACAGCAAAGUAUCAAUCCUGCAACGCAAUCACAGUCCUCGUACUCCACGGAGGAUGCAAGCAUCAAUAGUUCCAAGGUACGAAUCAAACGAGAAUUCACCCCGCCUCUGCUUCAAGAAAACAUUACCAGCAACGGCAAAUCAUCAAAAGACUCAUCAACUGGAAAUGCCGCUUCGGGAGGUGAAAAACCUUCGCUUAGUACCAACAGCAAUUCUGCGCAUGAAACUGUAUCCGAAUUACCCGCCGGGGCCAGUGGGGGAGCUGUUUCGACGUCGAUGCCCCCUAACAGUCAGGGUGGACCCAGCGCAGGGGGCAAAACUCCGGUUAAAAGCUCCAUCACCAAGGAUGAGCAUAACAAAGAAAGUCGCAGCAGAGGUCGCCGGAUAUCGAACCGCUCCAGAUCGCGCUCUCGGUCUCGGUCCCGAUCAUUUGAACGGAAUCGUGAAUCUCGACGGUCCCGUUCCCGAGACCGUGGCCUCCAACGUGGUGAAUCUAACCGCGACAAGCUGAACCGUCAGUAUCGUAGCAAUAAAUCGCCGGCUGGACGAGGCGAGUCGUUCCGUCGAUACGAACGUAAAAACCAUGGCUAUGAGAGCCGUCGAGGUGGUGGUGGAGGAAGCGGCGGUGGAGGCUCUGGCGGAAGCUCGGGAGCUAGUGGAGGUGGUGGUGUCCGCACCAUUAACAGAAGUCAGUCCGGAAGCCGAUCGCCAUCGCCGGUGGUCGACCGUAGAAAGAUGGCGCGUUCUGAAUCGCCUGUUACUGCGACGGCACCGACGGUUCCCACAACCGCUAUGGAGCCCAUUGUUGAAGCGGGUUCGUUGAACGCAAAAAGACAGCGAUGCAGGGAUUUCGACGAAAAAGGUUAUUGUAUGCGGGGAGAGACGUGUCCUUGGGAUCAUGGUGUUGAUCCGGUUGUUCUUGAAGACAUCAACAAUCCAGCAUUGAUAACGAUUCAAUCUGCGGCUCAAAUGCGAACCGGGCAAAUUCAUCCAGAGUACAGCCCAGACGCCCCUGAAUUAUGGAACCGACCACCGAGUUUCCCUCCUGGGCGACCUUCCAUAGCACAGAGGCUAGGAAAUAUUGCAGGAGUUGCUGGGUUCGGACCACGCGGUGGACUAAGUGGGUCUUUCAGAGGCGUUGCGCCUGGGUUCCCUACCGGCUUUCCAGGAAAUCCGAUCGGCGCGACACCCCUGCAAAGGGAACUAAUAUCGGUGCCGGUCGUUGAUGCCAACAAAGGCGGCGACGUGUCGGCUCAGCAACCAAAGCGUCGAUUCGAGCCAGAGGAUGCCGUUGCGGUGGCAGAUGCUCAUUUGAAACGAAAACUUCCAUUAAAUAAUCGCUUGGGUCCGCGAGUAUCAGGACACCCAGCCAACAAUGGAGGUAUCGUCAAUCCCCAACAGAAUUGUUCGUUGGAGUUGAGGAAGAUUCCCAGGGGCCUGAAUGCUAUUGCUCACUUGAAUAAUCACUUCUCUAAAUUUGGAAAGAUUGUAAACAUUCAAAUUAGCUACGAUGGAGACCCGGAGGCGGCCAUUGUCACAUUCUCAACCCAUGCAGAGGCGAAUGUAGCCUACCGCAGCACGGAAGCAGUCUUGAAUAAUCGUUUUAUCAAAGUAUUCUGGCAUUCAUCGCCAAUUGGAGGAGAGCAGCCCGCAAUUACGCCAGGCGCAAAAACGGAGCAUUCGCUACGUAGAUCGUACCCGAAUCAAUACAGCAUCAACAAUAAUCUAAACAUUACUUCGGCCACGACUCCAGUCUCUGCAGGUGCAGCAGUUUCUAAGGAUGGAGUCCCAUCGGUGGUCGCUACCAGUUCAGCAUCCUCUUCCAUUGCAAGCGGUGGUGAGAAUGUUGCCCCUACUACAACGGUAGUAGCUACGCAUUUGACGAACACUGCUACAAAGCUGGUCAAUACGAAUGUGGCUCCAAUCGUGACGGCUAAUCAGCUACGCAUGAAGAACGCAGCUAAAAUCAAUCAUGCCAAGUCGGAUCUAAUGAGAAAGACGCAGGAAAUCAGCCAAGGACUGCUAAAGCGAAAGUACGAUCUUCUGCAGCGUUAUUUGAAAGAACUCCGAACGCUGGUAAUGAUGGUCGAAAAAUUUGAAGCUCACGACCCCAGUCGAGUUAAGUUGCUGUCCUCAAUCAAAGAGCUGGAAGGCAACAUCGAUAAACUGAAGCAGGAAAUUGCCACCGACCAACAUCAAAUAGCACCACAAGUGGUCCCGAAGCGCAAAACUAAGGAACAGCAUGAGAAGGACAUCCUCGACGCUGAAUUGGAGAUAAUUGCCCAAGAACAACGUACGCAUCGAGUACCUGGAACUGGAAAUGGCCAAGUUCCUGUGGUUGUUAAUGCGGCUGGGGUCGUCAGCAAACCUCAAAUGUACGGUCCCCCAGGGGCACGUGCAGCGCGCUCGACGAAUCGAGUUGCUCCACUGGGAUCGACUAGUGUAGAUCGCCGUCCAACAACGAUCGCCAUAACCGGAUUUGCAUUGGAGGACGCCGAUGCCCUGCUCGGACAUUUCAAGCAUUUUGGAGAAAUAACCAAGCAUCAGCUAGAAGAAACGGUGCCAUCCCUUUCGAUCACCUUCUCGAUUCGUCAGAAUGCUGAAAAGGCCCUUGUCCGUGGUAAGAUGUUCCGCGACGUGACACUUCAGAUCGGAUGGGUGGUGACCAACAGCAACAACAAUACAACUCCAGCCGUUCCUCAAAUUGAGAAAACAGAAAGCAAGGAAAAAGUCAUCCCGGUUGAGAAUACUUCCGACACCGUUGGUUCGAACAAGGCUACGGAUGAGUCGACCGGGAAAUUGGACGAAGCAGCAGGUGAAAAGGUUGGACCCGUCGUCAGUGCGGAGAUAGCUUCCACAGCCUCGAUGGAAACGCUAACCGAAACGGCUUCCAUGGAGGAAGCUUCUGAAGUCCAGAUGGUGGAAGAGGAGGAAGAAGAAGAAGAUAUGGAAUCGGAGGACCGCUCCUGGCGCCGUUGAUAAUCGCUGGAGAGGAUCGCAAUGAAAUGAGAGCCAUCACUGAGGGGGAGAAGCAGCAGAUGAGGAACAUCAACUGACACUUACUGAAUUGAAAUAUCAACUUUUAUUUCAUUUUUGUCAUUAUCGUUUAAGUGGACAUCGUUCGCUUUAAAUGUAGCAAGUAAGAAAUCUCCACUUUACAAAACGUUUUCUUUUUGUUAUUUACCUUUGUAGUCGAAUGUUUUGUAACGUUUGAAAUUGUUAGAAAUCUGUCGAGCAAAAAUUCUGAUUCCCAAAGCGAAACGUAGUAUCAGGAGUGUUAACGAUUUUUCAAAACAAUACUGAAUUACAAAACAACUAGAGUUAGGUUUUAUUGUUCAAAGACCUUAAAGUUUACAAUUGAACCCAUUUUAAGCUGGUAGAAUAUUAUUAAGUCGUUUGACUAUUCGUAAAGAACCAAAAUUAUUGAUUAUGAAAGUUUUAUUUUGAUAAAUGGGGUGCGCUUUGAAGCGGAAUCUAGCGGCUUUCAAACUACAAACAAAACGAUGAUGUCAAGAAAGUCUAGUAAUUAACUAUUAGUAAUUAUGAAGCAAAUUCAAAUCUAUACACACCUAUAGAUACAAACGCUAAAAGAGUAUGGAAGUAACAAACAAUAAACAUUAAGUGUACAUAA